AGCAGAGCGGUGAGCAAGACCCUGGAGCUGGCGAGAGCCGGCUGCGCCUGGGGCCGGAGUGCUCACCGUUGCUGGCGCGCUGGUGAUCCGCGGUCCCCCGCUCGAACCGAGCGCCCCCGGCGGAAGGCAGAGGGAGGCAGGCGCGUCGCCAGCCCCUUGCCACCCUCCCCCAGCCCGGGAAGAAUGUGCCACCAGCUGUUCUCCUCCCGGGAGCACUUCGCCCAGAAGUGAGGAACUUGGAGGAAGAAGAGACAAAGGCUGCAGUGGGGACGGAGGAGGUCCGAGACGCGGACAAAAGGUGCGGGAGAGCAGCAGCGACCCAGGCAUGGCCGUGCGGCGGCUCCGCGGGCUGGAGUCGCCCCGAGGCGCACGGUGACACGCGUGGCUUCCCGGGACCUGCCGCUGCGCUGACUUCCGCGACUGGAGCCGCGCCGGGAAGGUGCGGGCGCCGGAACAAUGGACAGCUUCUUUCCCGAGGGAACACGGGUCUGGCUAAGAGAAAAUGGCCAGCAUUUUCCGAGUACUGUAAAUUCCUGUGCAGAAGGCGUCGUGGUCUUCCAGACAGACUAUGGGCAGGUGUUCACCUACAAGCAGAGCACAAUCACCAACCAAAAGGUGACGGCUAUGCACCCCAUGAAUGAGGAGGGCGUGGAUGACAUGGCCUCCCUGACUGAACUCCACGGAGGCUCCAUCAUGUACAACCUGUUUCAGCGAUACAAGAGGAAUCAAAUCUAUACCUACAUCGGCUCCAUCAUCGCCUCGGUAAACCCCUACCAGCCCAUCGCCGGCCUGUACGAGCGCGCCACCAUGGAGCAAUACAGCAGGUGCCACCUGGGCGAGCUUCCACCGCACAUCUUCGCCAUUGCCAACGAGUGCUAUCGCUGCCUGUGGAAGCGCCAUGACAACCAGUGCGUCCUCAUCAGUGGUGAAAGUGGGGCUGGGAAAACAGAAAGCACCAAACUGAUCCUCAAGUUUCUGUCUGUCAUCAGCCAGCACUCCUUGGACUUGUGCUUACAGGAGAAAACAUUCUGUGUUGAGCAAGCCAUCCUCCAAAGCAGCCCCAUCAUGGAAGCAUUCGGCAAUGCAAAGACAGUAUACAACAACAACUCCAGUCGCUUUGGGAAGUUUGUUCAACUGAACAUCUGUCAGAAGGGAAAUAUUCAGGGUGGAAGAAUUGUAGAUUAUUUAUUAGAAAAAAACCGAGUAGUGAGGCAAAAUCCUGGGGAGAGGAAUUAUCACAUAUUCUAUGCACUGCUGGCAGGGCUGGAGCAGGGAGAGAGAGAAGAAUUUUAUUUAUCUUUGCCAGAAAACUACCAUUACUUGAAUCAGUCUGGAUGUACUGAGGACAAGACAAUCAGUGACCAGGAAUCCUUUAGACAAGUUAUUACCGCAAUGGAAGUCAUGCAGUUCAGCAAGGAGGAAGUUCGGGAAGUGUUGAGGUUGCUGGCUGGGAUACUGCAUCUAGGCAACAUAGAAUUUAUCACUGCUGGAGGGGCUCAGGUUUCCUUCAAAACAGCUUUGGGUAGGUCUGCGGAGUUACUUGGGCUGGACCCAACACAGCUCACAGAUGCGCUGACCCACAAAUCCAUGUUCCUCAGGGGAGAAGAGAUCCUCACGCCUCUCAGUGUUCAGCAGGCAGUAGACAGCAGAGACUCCUUGGCCAUGGCACUUUAUGCACGCUGCUUCGAGUGGGUGAUCAAGAAGAUCAACAGCCGGAUCAAGGGCAAAGAAGACUUCAAAUCGAUCAGCAUCCUUGACAUCUUCGGAUUUGAAAACUUCGAGGUUAACCACUUUGAGCAGUUCAAUAUCAACUAUGCAAACGAAAAGCUUCAGGAGUACUUCAACAAACAUAUUUUUUCUUUAGAACAACUAGAAUAUAGCAGAGAAGGAUUGGUAUGGGAAGACAUUGACUGGAUAGACAAUGGAGAAUGCCUAGACUUGAUUGAGAAGAAACUUGGCCUCCUUGCCUUGAUCAAUGAAGAGAGCCAUUUUCCUCAAGCCACAGACAGUACUUUGUUGGAGAAGUUACACAAUCAACAUGCUAAUAACUACUUUUAUGUGAAGCCCCGAGUUGCAGUCAACAAUUUUGGAGUGAAACACUAUGCUGGAGAGGUGCAGUAUGAUGUCCGAGGCAUCUUGGAAAAGAACAGGGACACCUUUAGAGAUGACCUUCUCAACCUGCUGAGGGAAAGCAGAUUUGACUUCAUCUAUGACCUCUUUGAACAUGUCUCCAGCCGAAACAACCAGGACACCUUGAAGUGUGGAAGCAAACACCGGCGACCCACUGUCAGCUCACAGUUCAAGGACUCCCUGCAUUCCUUAAUGGCAACCCUAAGCUCCUCUAAUCCCUUCUUUGUUCGAUGCAUCAAGCCAAACACACAGAAGCACAGGAGUAGUUUUCUGAAUAUUUUCAACCUGAUGCUGACUGUGCUCAUCUAUUACCUAAGGGAGAUCAUAGACAACACCAGCAAAGAGAAUGGGAUCGACAUUAUUAUGGCCGACAGGACCUUCCAUCUCAUCGCGGAAUCCCCCGAAGAUGCCAGCCAGUGGUUCAGCGUGCUGAGUCAGGUCCACUUGUCCACAGACCAGGAGAUCAGAGAGAUGCACGAUGAGCAGGCAAACCCCCAGAACGCUGUGGGCACAUUGGAUGUGGGGCUGAUUGACUCUGUGUGCGCCUCUGACAGCCCUGAUAGACCCAACUCGUUUGUGAUCAUCACGGCCAACCGGGUGCUCCAGUGCAGCGCGGACACACCGGAGGAGAUGCACCAUUGGAUAACGGUGCUGCAGAGAUCCAAGGGGGACGCCAGGGUGCAGGGCCAGGAGUUCCUUGUGAGAGGGUGGCUGCAUAAAGAAGUGAAGAACAGUCCAAAGAUGUCCUCACUGAAACUAAAGAAGCGGUGGUUUGUCCUGACGCACAAUUCCCUGGAUUACUACAAGAGCUCAGAGAAGAACGCCCUGAAACUAGGCACUCUGGUCCUCAACAGCUUGUGCUCCGUGGUGCCCCCGGAUGAGAAGAUAUUCAAAGAGACAGGCUACUGGAAUGUCACCGUGUAUGGGCGCAAACACUGCUACCGACUCUACACCAAACUACUCAACGAAGCCACUAGGUGGUCCAGUGCCAUUCAAAAUGUGACGGACAGCAAGGCCCCAAUUGACACGCCCACCCAGCAGCUGAUCCAAGAUAUUAAGGAGAACUGCCUGAACUCUGAUGUGGUAGAGCAGAUUUACAAGCGGAACCCGAUCCUUCGGUAUACGCAUCACCCCCUGCACUCCCCGCUGCUGCCGCUUCCCUAUGGCGACAUAAAUCUCAACCUGCUCAAAGACAAAGGCUACACAACCCUUCAGGAUGAAGCCAUCAAGAUAUUCAAUUCUCUCCAGCAGCUGGAGUCCAUGUCCGACCCCAUCCCUAUCAUCCAGGGCAUCCUGCAGACUGGGCACGACCUGCGGCCUCUGCGGGACGAGCUGUACUGCCAGCUCAUCAAGCAGACCAACAAGGUGCCCCAUCCUGGCAGUGUGGGCAACCUUUACAGCUGGCAGAUCCUCACGUGCCUCAGCUGUACCUUCCUGCCCAGCCGUGGGAUCCUCAAGUACCUCAAGUUCCACCUGAAAAGGAUACGGGAACAGUUUCCAGGAACCGAGAUGGAAAAGUAUGCCCUCUUUAUCUACGAAUCUCUAAAGAAAACCAAAUGCAGAGAGUUUGUGCCUUCCCGGGAUGAAAUUGAAGCUCUGAUCCACCGGCAGGAAAUGACGUCCACGGUGUACUGCCAUGGCGGAGGUUCCUGUAAGAUCACCAUCAACUCCCACACCACGGCUGGGGAGGUGGUGGAGAAGCUGAUCCGGGGCCUCGCCAUGGAGGACAGCAGGAACAUGUUUGCCUUGUUUGAGUACAACGGGCAGGUGGACAAGGCCAUUGAAAGCCGGACCAUUGUAGCCGAUGUUCUGGCGAAGUUUGAAAAGCUAGCUGCCACAUCAGAAGCUGGGGACUCGCCGUGGAAAUUCUACUUCAAGCUUUAUUGUUUCUUGGACACCGACAGUGUGCCAAAAGACAGCGUGGAGUUUGCGUUUAUGUUUGAACAGGCCCAUGAAGCAGUCAUCCACGGCCACCAUCCAGCCCCUGAAGAGAACCUCCAAGUGCUGGCUGCCUUGAGACUCCAGUACCUGCAGGGCGACUACACUCUGCACACCUCGCUCCCGCCCCUCGAGGAGGUUUAUUCCCUGCAGAGACUCAAAGCUCGCAUCAGUCAGUCCACCAAAACAUUCACCCCUUAUGAACGCCUGGAGAAGAGGCGGACCAGCUUCCUGGAGGGAACGCUGAGGCGGAGCUUCCGGACCGGGGCCGUGGUCCGGCAGAAAGCGGAGGAGGAGCAGAUGUUGGACAUGUGGAUUAAGGAAGAAGUGUGCUCUGCUCGAGCCAAUAUCAUUGACAAGUGGAAGAAACUGCAGGGAGUGAGCCAGGAACAAGCCAUGGCCAAGUAUAUGGCCCUGAUCAAGGAGUGGCCUGGCUACGGAUCAACACUCUUUGAUGUGGAGUGCAAAGAAGGUGGCUUCCCCCAGGAGCUCUGGCUGGGUGUCAGUGCAGACGCUGUGUCUGUCUACAAGCGUGGAGAGGGCAGACCAUUAGAAGUCUUCCAGUAUGAGCACAUCCUCUCUUUCGGGGCACCUCAGGCCAACACGUACAAGAUUGUGGUUGAUGAGCGGGAACUGCUCUUUGAGACGAGCGAGGUGGUGGAUGUGGCCAAGCUCAUGAAAGCCUACAUCAGCAUGAUUGUGAAGAAGCGCUACAGCACCACCCGCUCUGUAAGCAGCCAGGGCAGCUCCAGGUGAACACAAACCAGCCGCGUGUCCUUCAGAUCUCAUGUGCCGCUCUCUGCCUAGGCCAGUGCCCGGUCCGAACCCAGCUUUGGAAUCACAGCUGCCCGGGCUUUUGGAAACCAGUCGUCAGAGGGAGGAGUCUCCAGGGCUCCCUUCCCCCCAUCAGCUUCAGUGAUCACAUAUUAAGCAGUCAACCUUAACAGUCUGCACAAUUUCUAAAGCUUUAGUACUUCUAGAUGAUAUUGCCUUAAGAAAAAAGAAAGGGGAGAAAACCACGCUGCCACCAAAGCAGCCAGAAGUGCCUUAACUUGCAGAAUCGACCCUAAUCGACCUUAAGUGUGCUACUGAGGGGAAGCACUUUCCUCUUCGGGGGAAUUUGCAGAGCUUGGAAGCAGGGCAUCAAUCCACUGAUUAUGCACUAACCUCCCAGCCUGAUUUCCUGGAUAUGAGGGAAGGUGAGGGAGCGGGGAGGGGAGACAGAGCGGAAGGAGACAGAGUGUGGUAGUUGGAGUGCUGCUGGCAGCCUUCCUCAUGGACAUGUAUUAACGUUUUGCUUUGUUUCAUUGAAGUGUCUGUGCUUGCCCAUGCAUGCAUAGGUCCACACACUCUACACUUUAAUCAUUGUUUUGUGAGCAUUAAACACAAAGGGAAGAGGAUGUGCAAUGGUGUAAACAGUCUGUCUGUAUAUUUUAAUAGUUCAGAGUUAUAGCCUCCGAGGUGGUUUUUAUUAACAGAUCAAAAGCUUGGACGCUCCUGUCUUUGCUGUAUUUUGGAAAGAGACAUUUUGACUCAGUUUCGUUUUACAUGUAGCAAGGGCUGUGACCUGUGACUGCUGUAUUACUAACAGGUCUGUAGCCCACAAAGGUAACUGUAUUUAUGAACCACUGUUAAACUGCUGGCUCCAGUGCUGUUUUAAGAACACUAUGAAGUCAUUUUGGAGUCUUUUAUUUCUAAAAGUUAAGUUAAUUUUUUUGUUGUUUUCUUUGAAGGGUAGCUCGUAUCAUCAGUCUGUAUAGAUUUCAGAUAUAACCACAUGAAAUAUGGGGAGAAGCUGCUGCAUUCCCAUACUCUGUAACCCUCAAGCAAACCUUUAAAACUACCCUAACAGGAAUGCUGAGGCAUCAGUGAAAUUUACACGUUGUUUCAUCCCUAGUUCAUAAUGAUAGCCUGAACACAGCACCUGUAAAUAACAGCAAUUAUGACCAGAAGAAAAAGAAUCUGGACUUGGACUUUUAUUUUUAUAUGGAAAAAUUUUAAAGGUGGGCCAAAUGAGUCUCCACACAAAGAAAAAUUCAACUUGCCUUAUCCCCUAUGGACAACUAUGUGAAAGCAGUGUUUGUUGGCUCAGAAAAUCUGACAAUAAAAGAUAUU